UUUUUUAAACUUAAUUUUGCUUUAAAAAGAAUCACAUUAAAAAGCUAUCUAUCAAAACAAAUUUUUAUUUUUUUAAAUAAUUUAUUAAUGUAGCACUAAUUAUUGUAGUGGACUGUCACCGCUUAAUCCUCAUUGUUAAACUCAAUUCAGUGAGCAAGAACACAAGCAAUUCAAACAAACAUAACUAGAAUUAAAACCAGUAAUAACAAAACUAAAUAAACCAAAAAACUUAGCUUGAAUAACAAGAGAUAAUAAAGUGAAUUGAUCACCAGCACCAAUUACACCAAUUUAAAAAGAUGUCACUAAUUAAAUAUAAUUAUGUUUUAUAGUGUAAGGAGGACAUUUGCAAUAGUUUGUAUAAUUAGAGAGGAUUUAUUUAGACACAAAUUCCAAUUCUAUUUCUAAUAAUUUUAAUUAAUUAAAUAAUAUACUCACAAUAUGUGAUUGUGAUUUUUAUUAGGAGGAUUUGUAUUAUCCACAUCCAAAAAUACAAGACAUGCUAUGGGGUUUCCUAAAUAAGGUAGGAGAACCUCUUUUGAAGAGUUGGCCAUUGUCUAAGCUAACACAAAGGGCUCUUCAUACUCUCAUGCAACAUAUCCACCACGAAGACGAAGACACCAACUAUGUCUGUGCUGGCCCUGUCAAUAAGGUGACAGGCGCAAAUUAAUAAUAUUAAAUAUUAUAUAUUUUAUUUAGCUAAAUAAAUUUAUAAAAUUUAAUAUUAAAUUGUAUCAAUAACAAAUACGAUAAUGUGCGCAGGUACUCAACAUGAUUUGUUGUUGGGUUGAGAAUCCAAAUUCUGAUGCUUACAUGUUUCAUCUUUCCCCAAUUAAAGAUUAUCUUUGGCUUGCUGAAGAUGGUUUGAAAAUGCAGUAUUUUAAUGGGUCUCAGCUUUGGGAUUGUGCUUUGGCUGUUCAAGCCAUCAUGGCAACCCAUUUGGAGGACGAAUACACUUCAAUGCUUAAGAAAGCUCAUUACUUCAUAAAAAACACACAAAUAAAAUCAGAAAACAGUGGGGGUAAUCCAAGUAAGUGGUAUCGCCACAUUUCAAAGGGAGGAUGGGCUUUUUCAACUCCAGACAAUAGUUGGAUUGUCUCUGAUUGUACUGCUGAAGCUUUGGAGGCAGCAAUUUUAUUAUCAGAGAUGCCUUGUGAGAUUGUGGGAGAAGGCAUAGAAGAGGAUCAUCUUAAGGAUGCUGUUCAUAUUCUUUUAUCUUUACAAGACAACAAUAAUGGAGGCUUUGCAUCCUAUGAGCUCAUAAGAUCAUACUCUUGGCUUGAGAUGAUGAAUCCAUCUGAGAUAUUUGAGAACAUCAUGAUCGAACACAAGUACGUAGAAUGCACAGCAUCAGUGAUCAAAGGGCUAAAAUCAUUCACAGAAAAAUACAAAAAGCACAAAAAGAAAGAGAUCGAAGAAUGUAUUCGAAAGGCAACAGAGUUCAUAGAGAGCAAGCAAGAAGAAGAUGGCUCAUGGUAUGGAUCAUGGGGCGUUUGCUACACCUAUGCCACUUACUUCGCCGUAAAGGGCUUGAUCGCAGCUGGCCGCACCUACCAAACCAGCCAUUCCAUUCGAAAAGCUUCUACUUUCUUGCUCUCUAAGCAACUACCUUCUUCUGGUGGUUGGGGCGAAAGCUAUCUUUCAUGCACAAAUAAGGUUUACACCAACUUAAAAGGAGAUAAACCACAUUUGGUAAACACUGCAUGGGCCAUGUUAGCUCUCAUCGAAGCUGGCCAGGCCGAGAGAGAUCCUACACCUUUGCAUCAUGCAGCAAAAUUAUUGAUCAAUUCACAAAUGGAAAAUGGAGAUUUUCCACAACAAGAAUUUGUGGGAGUGACCAAUGGAAGCUUGGGGCUCACCUAUUCUGCCUAUAUAAACAUAUACCCUAUAUGGGCUCUCGGACACUACUUCAAUCGGGUUUUUUUUUUUUGAAUAAAGAUAAACUUCAUUAACUCAAGAGCAAUCGCUCAAAAGUACAACUUCAAGUUCCGAAGGGAUAACAUCCUUCGUGAACACACGAUCAGCAAACAAUCGAGACUGACGUGCAACCACAUGUGCAGCUCGAUUAGCAGAACGUUUAACAAACCUUAUCGAAACAUUGUUCAAAGACUCUAACAAAGACUUACAGUCUUGAAUUAUCAAUCGGGUUUUAGUACCUUCUUCUAACAAUUAAUAAUGUAUAAUACAAUUUUUUUUUUUUUGAAUAAAGGUAAUAAUGUAUAAUACAAUUACAAAUUUACAACCCCAUGGAGUAUUAUUUGGUAAUAAAUCAUUGGGAAUUUGUCAAUUGUUCAGUUUGUUAUUAAUUAAGAUUAUAUAAUGAAGUUGUCUUUAUAUAUAACUCAAUUAUGUGUUUUUGGAUAUGUUAAAUUUAUUGGCCAUGAUUAACAAAAAUCUUAAAUACUCUUCAAGCAUUUUCAAUCAAGUGCUAAAAAAGUACUUUAUUGUUAUAUUUUAAUACAUUUAAUAAAAAAAAAAUACUAUUUUAAUGAUGUUCUAAAAAAAAGUAUGUCAAAUUUAGCGUAUAUCAAAAGAUGUGUUAAAUUUGACCAUAAUAAAUUUUAUUUUUUUAUUUAUUAUAGUGUUAUUAAUUAUUAUGAUUUUUUUUUAUGAAUAAGGUUCUUGUAUUGCUCAAACAACAUUUUUUACAACUUACAUUUGAUUACAUUCAAGCUCUUUCUCUGCCUUCCCCCUCUGUUUUUUCCCUCUAUAUAGGCAAUUACUUAAUUACAAUUUCAGCAAAAAAUUAGAUAUUCACAAUCU